CCGGAACUCAGAGUCUUGUCAGCGCACAACUGAGAGCAAGCUGUCAGGACGCAGGCGCUCUAGAAGUAGAGACAACAGGAAGGUGAACUCUGACAGAGCUGCGGGUGAGCACCAUCGUCACUGAAAAUGGGCAAAAAAUUGAUAGCAGAGGGAUGUAUAAAGCUGCUUCUCAGCAUCUUGCCCAUUGUUCAGAUUUCAAUUGGCGCCAUAUACUUGGACGAGUGUCCAGUCCAGGCAAAGAUCCCCAUCUACCUGAUUGUGUCGGGUGUCACUGAAUUGGUUCUCAAUUUCACAUCUUGCAUGUUCUGCAACAUUCCAGACGGUGACAAUUGGCGGAAGCUGAAGCAGGGCUGUACCAUCUUGAAAUCGAUACUGACCAUGUUCUUCUUCUGUUGGUUCAUCACAGGUAACGCUUGGAUUUACUCCAUUUACGAGCCCAGCUACAGCAAGAACGCUACGGAUGUGAGCUCUUACUGCAACAAGACUGUCUACCUGUUCUCCUUCUGGAUUACAACACUGGUCUACAUCUUGCUGGGUCUGUUCCUGUUAGCCGGCUGCAUCUUCCUCUCUGGCUAUUUCUUGUGCCACGAGCCCGACGCUGAUGACGUUGACAACAUCAACAAUGACAACGACAACGACAGCGUCCCUGCUACAAUCCCCUGAGAGACUCUGCAGAGAAAAUUUUAAGUUGGAUUCCUCUGAACAGAUUGUCGCGUAUCAGUUGAAACUCUUAGUUUCUGUUAUGCAGGCCUCCAGAGCCCAUAUCUGUUAUUACAUGAAAUAACUUUCAGCUAUCAUAAGAAUGAUCUUAAAGGUAGAGUCAGUGAUUUUGGAGGCUUCCCCAAGUUCUAAAUAACUGCGCAUGUGCAAGCGCUGCUCUUCCACUCCUCAGCGGGAUUGCAUGAAAAAUUUUCCAAAUCCAC